ACCCGGCUGCCGAUCAGCAGGGCGGAACUAAAGUUGCACGUCGACAAUAGAGACGAGCGAUUAUCAGGGAGACACAAAACGGUAAUCGGUAGGAGCAGGGAUAUAUUUAGUAGCCUUGCUUGGUCAGUUAUAAUGGCAGAGGGCGGGACAGCAGGCGUUGAUCUCAGCAGGAAGUUUGUGUCAGAAACUGAGCUUGACGAGAAGAGAAAGAAGAGACAGGAGGAAUGGGAGAAAGUCCGGAAACCCGAGGACCCUGAAGAGGCCCCAGAGGAGAAAUAUGACCCGCGCUCCCUCUUUGAGCGACUGCAGGAGCAGAAAGACAAGAAACAAGAAGACUACGAGGAGCAGUUCAAAUUCAGGAACAUGGUGAGAGGCUUGGACGAGGAUGAGUCCAGCUUCCUGGACGAGGUCUCCCGGCAACAGUGCUUGGUGGAGAAGCAACGCAGAGAUGAAGAGAAGCAGGAACUGUUAGAGUACAGAAGCGCCGUAGUGAAGCAAGCAGCCACUGAAAGCCGCAAAGAGCCCGAGAAGAAGGCGGCACCGAAACAGUCGGUGGCAGAGCAGAGGACCAGCCUCCUGUCUCAGGCGCAUUUAUUAGCUGGAGCUGUCAAGAGACGCAGCUCGUCCCAGUCAUCAGACAGCAGUAAGAAACAGAAGGUGGAAAUCAAAACAACAAAGACAACAACAGGCAAUGGAAACAGACACAAAGAACAGGAGGAUGGAGCAGGGAGGGCUGAAAGUAAACAGACAGUCUCCGGCCUGACAGCGAAGACACCCUCAGCUCCGGCCGACUCUGGUCAAGGCACGCUACACCUGCCGUCAGCAGCUGUGUGCGUCGGCGUUUUACCAGGACUCUGGAUGUACUCCGGCAGCAGCGACUCCGACAGCAGCUCAGACAGCGAAGGUAGCGUGGACACAAUCUUGUUGCCGUACCCCCGGCACAGCAGAGCCUACAGAUAAACACACAACUGCAUCCACACACACACACACACACACAACUUAAAGUUUGUUCUGCAAGCCCUGAGAAUUGGCUUGCAGGCUGUCAGAAAAGGUAACCUCACAUCAGAUAUGCACACACACACAAACACACACACACACACUGUUGGAACUGAAGGUCAAAGACACAAACACAUAUUGACAAUGUGUUCCUGCAAGUUAGUCAUACACUGGCACCACACAUACCUUGGCAAACACUUUCAGUAUUCCUGGUGUUUUCACAGCUGUGAGUUGAACUGUUGCUCUUUGUCAUCAGACAGACAUCGCUCCCUAAACAUAAUCCUUCAAAUGUUUCCACUGUAGAACCUUUUGAAACUCUAUUCUCAACUUAAUCUGUGUAUCUUUUUGUUUUUUUUGCAAUUGUGGCACUCAACCCUUCCUUCCCUCAAUCAAAUCUCACGCAGUUUAAGACGAGCAGCACAAUCCCGCACUGCCAAUCCCGAUGACCACCCGCCCCCCCCCCCACACCCCCCCUCCCAACCCAAGCCACAGUGACUGCGAGCUGUGUUGUUGGCUGAGGGAACAGUGAUUGACAGCUGUGGAGCAUGGAAAAGAGACUGAUAUAGAGUGUGUCAUAUGACUCACCUUUUAGCUGUGAGCAGCAGAGGAGAGGAGAGGGAGCUGGGGCUGGACACGCCUCUGUCUAGUUUUGGGUAAAAGUCAAAGUUCUUCUUGUUUGUAAAAAGUAGAUUUUAUUCGUGUGAUGUAAUGUAUUCUCUGAUCAGUAAUUUAUCUCAAAGUUACAUCAUGUUGGGAAGAUGCCCGACUCUUUGCUUCCAGUCAGGUGACAAAGUUUUGUUUUGAUGUUUCUGAGCGGAGAAUAAUAAAGAGGUUUGCCUUGUA